AUGUCUUCGGUCAAUUCUUCAUCAACUCCAACAGAUCGACUCGCCAAACAACGCGGAAUUUCCACGAGAUGCAAUUGCGGUCAGGCAGUGUCUCGUUUCACUUCAAAAACGGUUAAAAAUCUAGGAAGAUUAUUUCAUUGUUGUCCGAUGGGAUCUGACAAGGAAAAAAUCCACUUGCUCAAAUGGACUGAUAAGUCAGUUGUUGAGGAAAUUGAAGACUUCCAGGACUUGUUUGACGUGCUGCUUGUCGACAAUAUUGAGAUUCAGAAAUCAGUGAGAGGUGGUGAGGCCAUGAUGAAAGGCCAUGAGAGUAGAAUUAAAGAGACGGAAGAUGCAAUUGCACAUUGUGAAGAGAAGAUCACAAAAUGCAUUAAAGAAUUAAGGAUCAUAAAAUCUUUGUUUGUGUGUUGUUUGGUGAUGGUGUUCAUGUACAUUGCCUGA